UUACAUGGACUAUAUAUUCCUCACUAAAGGGGAAUGGUGCCACUGGUCUGGCAAUUUCAUUAAAUAGUGAUAUGGUGAUGCCACACAAUCUAUUUCUUCACUCAGCAUUAGUACUUUCCAGAAGAAUCCCUCGAUCUGUUGGUGGCAUUAAGGAAGCUUGCAGGUUCUAUUUGAUAGAAAGUGCAUUUGCUCUAAUGGUAGCCUUUCUCAUCAAUGUGUCCGUAAUUUCAGUAAGUGGUGCUGUUUGCAAUUCCUCAAAUUUGAAUCAAGAAGAUCAAGCGAGCUGCAAAGAUCUGGACUUGAACAAAGCGUCCUUUUUACUCAAAAAUGUCUUAGGUAGCUGGAGUUCAAAACUUUUUGCAAUUGCCUUGCUAGCAUCAGGUCAGAGUUCUACUAUAACAGGGACAUAUGCCGGGCAAUAUGUUAUGCAGGGAUUUUUGGAUUUACGAUUGAGACCAUGGAUUCGGAACUUCCUAACUAGAUGCUUGGCCAUAGUCCCUAGUUUAAUUGUUGCAGUAAUUGGUGGCUCUGCUGGAGCUGGACAGUUGAUUAUUAUUGCAUCGAUGAUCCUAUCAUUUGAGCUCCCUUUUGCAUUGAUUCCACUUCUCAAGUUCACCAGCAGCAAGACCAAGAUGGGGACAUAUGCAAACUCAACUAUGAUUUCAGCCAUAACUUGGAUCAUAGGUUCCCUGAUCAUGGGGAUAAAUAUAUACUACCUUGUAAGCAGCUUCAUCAAACUACUUAUUCAUAGCCAUAUGAAGCUCGUGGCCAUCGUGUUCCUUGGAAUACUUGGGUUUUCAGGUAUUGCUAUAUAUCUGGCUGCAAUUGCAUAUCUUGUUUUUCGGAAGAACAAGGAGGCUACGCACCUUUUGGCAUUAACAACACCUGAAAGUCGAGAAAUUUCUAAUGGUAAUGCACCAAUGUAUAGUCUCCCUAGAGAAGACAUAGUAAGCAUGCAGUUGCCUCAGAGAGUGGCUUCAUCAGAUGUUUACUAAUAAGACUUGAGUAGGAGAAGCUCUUUGUUUAACUUUGGGAGAAGUUAUUCCCAAAACUACUGCUAAUUUUCAUUAAUGGCAAGUGUAUUUUAGGUAUAUAAAAUCUGAACAUUUUGGCUCCA